AUGGGCUCCAUACCCGAGAACACCCCGCGCGUCCGCGUCUUCAUCGCCGGAGGAUGCUAUGCCGGCCUCUCCACCGCCAUGAACCUGCUCGACCUCUGCAGGGGGCAGACACCGCGCAUGUCGCGUGGAGAGCCGUACGCCCACCGUGACGAGUAUGCCGACAAAGCCUGGGUGCGGUACGCCGACAUCCCGUCUCUGCAGCCGUCCCACCUGCCCGAGGGCAGCACCGUGACGGUCCUCCACGGCAGCGUGACGGGCGUGGACCCCUCGUCCAAGACGGCGUCGGUGCUGGAGAGCGCGACGGGUCAGACGACGAGCCACGCGUACGACUACCUGGUGUCGACGACGGGCCUGCGCCGCGUCUGGCCGGUGGUACCCCAGUCGACCACCAAGAAGGCGUACCUGGCCGAGGCGAACGGGCACAUCGACGCCGUGGCGCGGGCCCGGCACGGCGUCGUCGUCGUGGGCGGGGGCGCCGUCGGCAUCGAGAUGGCGGCCGAGCUCAAGCUGGUCAAGCCCGACGUCGACGUCACCCUCGCGCACUCGCGCGACAAGCUCCUCUCGUCCGAGGGCCUGUCGGACGAGUGCAAGGACACGGCGGCCGACCUGCUCCGCGAGGGAGGCGUCUCCGUCCUGACCGGCCACCGCCUCGCCUCCAAGACCGAGGUCGCCGACGCCGACGGCGUCCGCUACCAGCUCGAGUUCACAAACGGCCACACCAUGCCCGCCAGCCAGGUCAUCAUGGCCAUGUCCAACAGCGUGCCCGCCACCGAGCACCUGCCCGCCGACGUGCUCGACCCGGAGGGCUACGUCCGCAUCCUGCCCAACCUCUCCCUCCCCGCGUCCGUGCCCAACGCCGGCUCCCACUUCUGCGGCGGCGACGCCGUCCUCUGGUCCGGCAUCAAGCGCUGCGGAGGCGCCAUGCACCACGGCCACUACAUGGCCGUCAACAUCCACCAGAGCAUCCUCGCCAGCCACAUCCCCGGCUACGAAGCCCAGUUCCUGGAGCUCCAGGAGGUGCCUCCCAUGAUCGGCCUGGCCGUCGGCAAGAAGGCCGUCGCUUACGGCCCCGAUGUCGGAACCGUCUCGGGUGAGGAUGUCAUGUACUCGUAUUUCCGGGAUGACCUCGGCUUUGAC